UUGCAAUCGAAUGAAUUCGCCGGCCGUCGACCUAAAGUACGACGUCAAUCCGGAAUCGGUAUUCUUCAAUUACUCCGAACAAAUCGAACCGGAGAGAGAUGUCACGAAAGACAAGCGCGGAUCGAUUACAAUUUACGAGGACAUAAUGUCCUUGCUGGGAACACUCGACAAUGAAGAUACGAACAUCAUCACCGAUAGCGGAACAGCCGUUGUUCUGUCUCGUCAAAAUUCGAGUAGAUGCAACACGCAAAAUUGCUCGAAUCUCGGGCAUCAACAGGACGAUUUGGAGACGGCGAGAUUGCAGAUCGAGGAGAAGAACGCGACGAUCGAAUGCUUGAAGGAUCAAUUGAAAUCCGAGCGCAAAGCGGCGUGCGAUAAAAUGGCGGCGCAAAAACGGUGUCACACUACUAAGAUCAGGGAACUGGAGAACAAGUACAGAACGAUCGUAAAACGCCAUCAAAAAUUUAUCGAACAGUUAAUUGCAGAGAAAACAGAUCUCACGCAAACGUGCGACUCUUUGGUCAAGCAGAUAAAGGAAAUGGAACAGAAGAUUCAGCGUGAUUUGAAAGUGAUCGCCGAACGACACGCUGUCGAGUUACAACGCGCGAAAGAAAACAUGGCGGCGUCUGAGAAGAUCCGGCGCGAGCGAUGGCUCGAGAUGAAAACUUCAAAAAUCAAGGAAAUGACGGUGAAAGGAUUGGAACCGGAGUUGCACAAUAUGAUGGAACAACAUCAACGGGAGAUACAGGAAUUGAGAUUUGCGCAUGUUAAGGAGCUGCAGGACGCCGAAUUGCGCGCAAUGCGUAGGUCGAAUCAGCAACUGGAACAACUGCGAAUCGAGUUAACGGACACUCACGAGAAAAUAUUAGCCAAGGAAAAAGAUAUACUGACGGCGAGACACAAAGAGAAAUUGGAAGAGCAAGAGGCACACUUCCAAACGCAGCAAAAAAUUGUCGCGGAACAUUACGAGAAAGAGAGAUCGAUGCUUGUUGCGGAGCAGAAAAAACGCGAGGAGGAAACAAGCGCGAUGAUGCGACAAAUGCAAUUAAAUCUCCAGAAAGAAACAGAACAAUUAAAGGAGCAACACGAAACUGCUAGGACAAAUUUCGAGGAAUCCCUGAGAAAGGAAUGGCUCGCGUGGGCGGACAGAUAUAAAAAGGAACAAAGCGAAAAUUUUGCGAGAACGGAAACGAUGAUUCGCGACGAGUGCGAGAAGAAAAGAGACAGGCAGAUAGAAAUUGCUAUAGCUAGAUUGGAAAAGGAAUAUCGCGAAAUGCGAGCCAAGUUGCAACGAAGUUUUGACAAUAAGUUAGAAUUGAUGAAAGAGGAUUACGACGCGAAAUUUCAAUCCGCGGUAAAAAGUGAGAACGUUCAUAAAAACAAAUUGCUGUUACUGGAACAACGACUGAAAGAUACAGAAACCGAUUUGGAAAAAACAGAAAGUAAAUUGAAGGAAUGCAUGUCCAACGCGUGCAACAUGAACGACAUGAUCGCAAAACUGACACUGGAGAAGAACGAUGCGAGAGAUAUCGCGAGGCGAGAAUUUGAUAUGGAAAAACGAGAAUUGGAAGAAAAGAUCGCGUCGCUUCAACAGGAAAUAAUUCGGAACAACGCUAGUAGAGAUCAAUUUAUGACACAGUUGCAGAGCAGGAUAAAACUUGUGGUUACUCGCAAGAUUCUAACUAUCCAAAAACUCAAUAAAAAACUCGAGGACGCCGAUUCGAGAUGCGAACACUUGGAAAAAUUGUUGGAUCAGCAAAGAAAGGAAUACAUAUUGAAAGGGCUCUGUGAAUAAUUUUAAUUCGUGCGAAAUUAUAUGACUGUGUGUGUGCGUGCGUGCGUGUGU